AUGUGUGCUUUUGAUGAAAUGUUCACUGUGGGCCAAACAGAAGGCGUUGUCACUGACCAAUUUCACAGACUCUUCACCACAAUGAUGCUUAUUGUAGCUUCAUUAGCAGGGACCAGAUCACCCAGAAUUGACGACUUGGAUCAAAAAAAAGGUGCUGAAAUUCGAGAGAUUAUUUACAUUGUUCCAAGCCAUGUGGUUGUGAAGGCAUUUGAAAAGCUCCUAGAACGAGCCACUCUCACAGACCUAGUUAAUCAUUUAACGGAGAAUGGUUAUUGGCCUAAGUUUGAAGAUCCUGAAACAUAUCCCGAAGCUUUUACUGCCCUUGCCAGAAACUUGGCUCAGAACAAUCCUCAUUUGGUGCCUCAGAUUGUGAUCAACUUAAAUCCGGCUCUUUCUAGUUACCAUGAGCCUCAACGAAUUGUUACUGCAGCAUUUUAUGCUGAGUUGAUCAAUCAAAAAUGUCCAGAAAGGACUGCUCUGAUUGAGUCCAUGAUCAAUGGUUUACUUGGGCGAAUGGUGGACAGCUGCCAUUUGGUGCGUAUGUAUUGUAUCCGUGGUCUUGGCAAUCUUGGAAGCAUGGGAAAAGAAAUGGUUCAGAAAUAUUCAACGACAGUUCUCUCAGCCUUGAUGUCAGGAUUGGAUGACAAAGACGAUAUGAAUGACAGUAUCACUCUAGAAGCAAUGAGUGGAUUGUCUCGGGUGAUGUCUGUCAUUGAUGAAGAGGACAUUCGCUCAAUACUUAUCAAUGUCAUACUGAAAAUCCGACCCUGUUUUGAAAAGGAAGUGCCCAGUGUCCGUUCACAAGCCAUCAUGCUGUUUGGAAAUCUAUCCAGAUUCUCUGGGGGUCAGUCAAAACCGGCCAUUUUAGAACAAAUUCACACGAAUUUUGUCAGUUUGCUACUUCAUUUGAAUGAUGCUGAAGUGGAUGUUCGCAAGGCCUGCAAAUUCACUCUCCGUUCACUUAGUCCCUUACUAGACUGUCCAAGUAUUGAAGAAAAAUUCCAGAAGCACUUACUGGAUGAUGCUAAUUUAUACUAUGGAGAAUUCAUGAAUGAUAUUGCAAAGCUGAUUCCUAUAUUCUCUCUCUCUCUCUCUCUCUUUCUCUUGUGGUUGCUGACCACCUGCAUUCUCUCUCUCUCUCUCUCUCUCAUGGUUGCUGACCACCUGCAUUCAUACUUUCUCUCUCUUUUGUGGUUGUUGAAACCCUCCAUUCUCUCUCUCUCUUUUGUGGUUGAUGAAAACCUGCACUCUCUCUCUCUUUUGUGGUUGCUGACUACCUGCAUUCUCACUUCCUCUCUCUCUCUCUCUCUCUUGUGGUUGCUGACCACCUGCUGCAUUCUCUCUCUCUCUCUCUCUCUCUCUCUCUCUCUAUCUUUUGUGGUUGAUAACUGCCUACAUUCUCUCUCUCUCUUGUGGUUGCUGACCAUCUGCAUUCUCUCUCUCUUUCCUUUGUGGUUUCUGACUAUCUACAUUCUCUCUCUCUCUCUCUCUCUCAUGUUUGCUGACUGCCUCCAUUCUCCCAUUCUGUGUACAUUUAUAUGGGCAGAAAUACGGGCCAAUGCAGCCAUGUUCUCGGGAUUCCUUCUUGGAAAUUUGAUGAAAGAAAAUCGCUUGCACAUACAAAAAGACUAUAUAUGCACAGCUCUUAUUGAUCUGUUAAAGGACCCAUCCCCCCAUGUGAGGGGCAAAGCUGCUGAAGCGAUGAGUCUGCUAGUGAUUUUUCUUUCUUUUCUUUUUUCUUUCUUUUCUUUUUUCUUUCUUUUCUUUUCUUCUUUCUUUUCUUUUCUUCUUUCUUUUCUUUUCUUCUUUCUUUUCUUUUCUUCUUUUCUUUUCUUCUUUUCUUCUUUUUUCUUUUCUUUUUUCUUUCUUUUCUUUUCCUCACUUUUUCUUUCCUUUCUCACUUUUUUCUUUCUUUUUUCUUUAAUAUUCUGUAUUUACUCAUUAUUUCUUUUCCUUCUUUCCUUCCCUUCUUUCAGUUUUCUAACAUCUCUCUCUCUCUCUCUCUCUCUCUCUCUCUCUCUCUCUCUCUCUCUCUCUCUCUCUCUGCUUGAUGGCUAA